AUAAAGUGGGUCCCACUAUAAAUAAAGGGUUUCAUAGCCGUCGCUCUCGGAAUUGUGCUCUCCCGCGACCCUCCAUUGUUUUCGCCUUGAGGUUUGCAAUUAUACUUGAUUUGAGAUAUGGUUGUUCUCUUCGACGCAUAGGUGUGGCAAAAUCCGCCGGUGCUCUCCAAAUGGAUCCCCACUCAGGAUCUGCUGCUGCUUCCAACUCGGGCGACAGAGAUGAAUUCUCUUCAGAUCUGGAUAAGUACCAUAUUUUAGAUGCCGUCAAAAUGCUGGUGCAACAAAAGGAUGCCCAUGUGGAACCCACUUCUGCAGCCACUUCGGACGGCAGAGAUGAAUCCUCCUUGGAACUGCAUGAGUACCAUGUUUUAGAGGCGGUGAAAGCACUGGUGCAAAAAAGGUCCCAUGCGGAAUCCGCCGUUACUUCCAUCUUGGAUGAUAGUGAAUGUGCGUCAGAGCUAGACAAGUUACAUGUUUUAGUUGUUGAUGGUGAUCCUACCUCCCUCAAAGUCAUCGAGAAAAUGCUGCUUCAGAUCGAUUUAUAUGAAGGAGUGACAACUUGUUCCCGGGCGGAGGAGGCCAUCUCCUUGCUGCAGAAGGGCAAGGCGAAGAUCAAUCUCGUGUUGACUGAGCUGGACUUGCCGGACAUGCAUGGGUACAAGUUGUUACGCUGGAUAUGUCGCAAUACGGACAUCGCCGUUGUUGUGAUGACUGCGGAGCAAGUUGAUUUGGAUAGGAUGAUGCAUAGUAUUGAUCUUGGAGCACACUUGCAUCUAAACAAGCCCGUAAGUAACGGCAGCUUAUUGAUGAUAGGGCAGUGCCCCUUUCAAAUGAAGUAUCGAGGUCGUAGCGGAGCAAUGGAAGUUUCAGAUACAGUGGAUAUCUUUCUGGACGAAGAUAUGGAGGACUAAGUUGUUGCGUGAAAUUAUUAGGACCAUAUUUAGAAUUCUGAUUUUUGUCGUUUCUCUGCGUUUUGGUUUGGUUUUGUCAUAAUUUACCUUUUAUCUUGCAUUAUUUAUUUGAGAGAACGUAUGUUAUGUGAAACUGAUCUUGGUAUUCUACUAUUAGAAUUA